UGGCCCUCCAAGUCCCAUCCUCGCCAUGGCUCCCGGAGAGAAGAUCAAAGCCAAAAUCAAGAAGAAUCUGCCCGUGACGGGGCCCCAGGCGCCUACCAUCAAAGAGCUGAUGCGGUGGUACUGCCUCAACACCAACACCCAUGGCUGCCGCCGCAUCGUGGUGUCCCGCGGCCGCCUGCGGCGCCUGCUCUGGGUUCUCUUCACGCUGACGGCCGUGGCCCUUAUUUUCUGGCAAUGUGCCCUCCUCAUCUCCUCCUUCUACACCGUCUCUGUCUCCAUCAAGGUCCACUUCCAGAAGCUGGAUUUUCCUGCCGUCACCAUCUGCAACAUCAACCCUUACAAGUACAGUGCAGUGCGGGACCUUCUAGCCGACUUGGAACAGGAGACCAGAAUGGCCUUGAAGAACCUGUAUGGCUUUCCAGAGAAUAAGUCUCGAAAACGCCGAGAGGCAGAGUCUUGGACCUCGGCUUGGGAGGGCACACGUCCCAAAUUCCUCAAACUGGUCCCACUGCUGGCUUUCAGUCAGGAUGAGACCAACAAGGCCAGGGACUUCCUCACAGGGCGGAAGAGGAAAGUCAGUGGGAGCAUCAUUCACAAGGCAUCAGAUGUCAUGCAUGUCCACGAGUCCAAGGAGGUGGUGGGAUUCCGACUGUGUUCAAAUGACACAUCCAAAUGUGCCGUCUACACCUUCAGCUCGGGGGUCAAUGCCAUCCAGGAGUGGUAUAAGCUGCACUACAUGAACAUCAUGGCACAGGUCCCUCUGGAGAAGAAAAUCAACAUGAGCUACUCUGCUGAGGAGCUGCUGGUCACCUGCUUCUUUGAUGGCGUGUCCUGUGAUGCCAGAAACUUCACGCUUUUCCACCACCCAAUGUAUGGGAAUUGCUACACAUUCAACAACAGAGAAAAUGAGACUAUCCUCAGCACCUCCAUGGGGGGCAGUGAGUACGGGCUGCAGGUGAUCUUGUACAUCAAUGAAGAGGAGUACAAUCCCUUCCUGGUGUCCUCCACUGGGGCGAAGGUGAUUGUGCAUCGGCAGGAUGAGUACCCCUUCAUCGAGGACGUGGGAACGGAGAUUGAGACGGCAAUGGCCACCUCCAUAGGCAUGCAUCUGACGGAGUCCUUCAAGCUGAGCGAACCCUACAGCCAGUGCACAGAGGAUGGAAGUGACGUGCCAAUCAGUAAUAUCUACAAUGCUGCAUACUCCCUCCAGAUCUGCCUUCACUCGUGCUUCCAAACAAAGAUGGUGGAGAAAUGUGGGUGUGCCCAGUAUAACCAGCCGCGACCUCCAGCAGCCAACUACUGCAACUACCAGCAGCACCCCAACUGGAUGUAUUGCUACUACCAGCUGCAUCAGGCUUUUGUCCGGGAGGAGCUGGGCUGCCAGUCGGUGUGCCGGGAAGCCUGCAGCUUUAAAGAGUGGACACUGACCACCAGUCUGGCACAGUGGCCUUCCGCGGUUUCCGAGAAAUGGUUGCUGCCCGUUCUCACUUGGGACCAAGGCCAGCAAAUAAAGAAAAAACUCAACAAGACGGAUUUGGCUAAACUCUUGAUAUUCUACAAAGACCUGAACCAGAGAUCCAUCAUGGAGAGCCCUGCCAACAGCAUCGAAAUGCUUCUGUCCAACUUCGGUGGCCAGUUGGGCCUGUGGAUGAGCUGCUCUGUUGUCUGCGUCAUUGAGAUCAUCGAGGUCUUCUUCAUUGACUCCUUCUCCAUCAUUGCCCGCCACCAGUGGCAGAAAGCCAAGGAAUGGUGGGCCCGGAGGCAUGCUCCUCCCGACCCUCAGGGCCAGGACAACCCAGGCCUUGAUAUAGAUGAUGACCUGCCCACUUUCACCUCGGCACUGCGCCUGCCUCCAGCCCCAGGGACCGAGGUGCCUGGCACACCGCCUCCCAGAUACAACACCUUGCGUUUGGAGAGGGCCUUCUCUAACCAGCUCACGGACACCCAGAUGCCAGCAGAGUCCUGA